CGGGCCUCGGUUCUAACGACCCGGUGGGUCUGGGUCGAGAGCUGAAGGGAGGGAGAAAAGGUGGGAGCCCCAGCCUUCCUCACUGGCUCCCUCCCAACCCCACACCGUCCAGCCCCAUGGUCCCCGCCGCCGGCGCGCUGCUCUGGGCCCUGCUGCUGAGUCUGGGGCCCCGGGCGGCGGGGGCCGAAGGCCUGACUUCGACCGCGAUGCCGCGGGACAGUUUCCGCUUCGGGGGCCCUGUGACCCGCAGCUACAGAACCACCGCCCGGACCACUUCAGGCGUUGUAUCCCCGAGAAUGAGGGUGACAAUGGAGGAUGAGGACGACGUCGUGGCCGCUGCCGACCGCCUGGCAGGCCCGGCCGCUGCGGAGCUCUUAGCCUCUACGGUGGCCACAGGCAGCAGGGCACGAUUGUCGCAGGAGGAGGAUGGGUCUUUGGAAGAAGGGGUUGUAAUUUACGCCAGAAAGAAUGACACCGAGUCGGAGACUCACGGUACGACUCGCUUUACGUCUGGGAGGCCUAGCCCAGACCUUACAGCGAAUGACCAGGAUUCCGACAUCAAGAUGAGUUCAAGCCUGCCUCACUCCACCUGGAAAGCUAAUGUGGACUCACAGCCCUCUGAGAGUACCGCGAACCUGUGGUCCUCGGCAGGGUCCACCCUGAACCGGUGGCCGCCUCCCUCGCCCACGGCCAUGCCAGCGCCGGAGGAUCUGCGGCUGGUGCUGUUGCCCUGGGGCCCGUGGCACUGCCACUGCAAGUCGGGCACUAUGAGCCGGACCCGGGCCGGGAGACUGCAUGGCCUUUCGGGGCGCCUGCGAGUUGGGGCGCUGAGUCAACUCCGCACCGAGCACCGGCCUUGCACCUACCACCUAUGCCCCUGCAACCGCGAGCGGGAGGAGUGUCCCCUAGAUGCAGGUCUCUGUGCUGACACCAGCUGCACCACUCAGGCCACCACCAGGGCCGCCACCACCAGGGCCGCCACCACCAGGGCCGCCACCACCACCACUCCCUUGCCCCCUCUAACCAGCAGACUCAGGCCCACCCCCUUUAUCCCCAGUCCCAUUCCCAGCCCCCACCCAGCCUAUGCUUUCUGGAAACGGGUCAGGAUUGGGCUGGAGGAUAUUUGGAACAACCUCUCUACAAUGUUCACAGAGAUGGAACCAAUAAAGAGAAAUCAGAGGUAACGGCCACUUCAACCACAAGAGGAGGUGUCAGCAUCUCAACCUCUCCUCCCCCUUGAAUCCCAGUACCCACUGGAUAUAUUUUUAGUACAGAAAAACAAAACUAGAAAAAAACUGUUUGGUCAUGUAUCUUUGUAGAGAGGUACCUGAAGGAGAGACCAUAAAUCUCUUGAACCUUAAAACUGAACUGUGUAGCUAACAGCAUGACUUUGGUCUCUUCCCCUCUCCUCCAGGAUAAAAAUGUUAAUAUUGCUCAUC